GUUCUCGCAGCCGCCGCAGCUGCCUCCGCCGCCGCUGCUGCACUGACGGCGGGUUCCCGCGCCUCAGUUACUGAUUUAUUUUUGAAACUCCUCUACUCUCCUCUGUCCUCAUGGAUGAACUUCAGGAUGUUCAACUUACAGAGAUCAAACCACUUCUAAAUGAUAAGAAUGGUACACGAAACUUCCAGGACUUUGACUGUCAGGAACAUGACAUAGAAACAACUCAUGGUGUGGUCCAUGUCACAAUAAGAGGCUUACCGAAGGGAAACAGACCAGUUAUACUGACAUAUCAUGACAUUGGCCUCAACCAUAAAUCCUGUUUCAAUGCAUUCUUUAACUUUGAGGACAUGCAAGAGAUUACUCAGCACUUUGCUGUCUGUCAUGUGGAUGCCCCAGGCCAGCAGGAAGGUGCACCCUCUUUCCCAACAGGAUACCAGUACCCAACGAUGGAUGAGCUAGCUGAAAUGCUGCCUUCUGUUCUUACCCACUUAAGUCUGAAAAGCGUCAUUGGGAUUGGAGUUGGAGCUGGAGCUUACAUCCUCAGCAGAUUUGCGCUCAGUCAUCCAGAGCUUGUGGAAGGCCUUGUGCUUAUUAACAUUGACCCCUGUGCUAAAGGCUGGAUUGACUGGGCAGCUUCCAAACUCUCAGGCUUGACAACCAAUGUUGUGGACAUUAUUCUGGCUCAUCAUUUUGGGCAGGAAGAGUUACAGGCCAACCUGGACCUGAUUCAAACCUACAGACUGCAUAUUGCCCAGGAUAUCAACCAAGAAAAUCUGCAGCUCUUCCUGGGUUCCUAUAAUGGACGCAGAGACCUAGAGAUUGAAAGACCCAUACUGGGCCAAAGUGAUAGCAGAUUAAAAACAUUAAAGUGUUCUACUUUACUGGUGGUAGGGGACAAUUCACCUGCAGUUGAGGCUGUGGUUGAAUGCAAUUCUCGUCUGAAUCCUAUAAAUACAACUUUACUGAAGAUGGCAGACUGUGGAGGACUGCCCCAAGUAGUUCAGCCUGGGAAGCUCACCGAGGCCUUCAAGUACUUUUUGCAGGGAAUGGGCUACAUACCAUCUGCCAGCAUGACCCGGCUUGCCCGAUCACGAACCCACUCAACCUCAAGUAGCAUCGGCUCUGGAGAAAGUCCCUUCAGCCGGUCUGUCACCAGCAAUCAGUCGGAUGGAACUCAAGAGUCCUGUGAGUCCCCUGAUGUCCUGGAAAGACACCAGACCAUGGAAGUGUCCUGCUAAGCAGAUGCUCCUUCCCUGGACCAUGCAAAUCCAUCCUUCCUCAAAUGACCACUCCAUAAUAUAACAUUUCAUCCAGUAAACUGGCCUCCACUAUCUUUAACUCAUGCAUGGCCACUGAACCUCUCUCUAGUAGCCUGGAUUUAUCAUUCUCUCUGCCCACCCACCUCCUUUUUUGUAUGUACCAAGAACCACUUCCAUGCCAUUACUGUAACAUUCCAACACCUUUAGCUGGUCAGAUCUCCAUAUCUUCUCUUGCCAGCUUUUUCUUGUGCUCCCCCAACUAUGUAUCUGAUAAGAUUCUUUGAUCCCACUUCCAUGUGUUUGCAAGCACGUGUGUCUGUGUUUGUGUGUAUAUAGUUCCGUGAUUUUAGACAUGCUUUCUUGUAGUGCUUCUGCAAAAAAACAAAAAAGGGACUUUUUGCAUUCUCCGUGGUGUUUUUAAGGGAAAUGUGCAGAACAGAUUUAUAGGUUGGGUAGGCCCCUGCAUUCUCUUCUGGUUCCAAAUUGGUCAAUAAGAUUUGCAAAGUGAUUUCAGGAGAGAGCAGCUCUGAGGAAUGUGGAAGAUCAUAAUUACUCUUUGGAGCAUUGAUUGAUUGUGACCAAUGAUAGAAGGGUGUCUGUUACAUAGAGAGGCAAGCAGGGUGGCCAGCCACCUCCUUCUGUCCAAAUGAAUUGAAUAUACUAGUCUAUAAAUAAAAGGGAGGGAUAUCUUCUGCUAGAAGCCCAUGAACAAUGAGGUUCUGAUACAACAGGGAGUUUUUUCCAAGGAGUGCAUGUGGCUUAAUUACUGGACUGUCUUAGUACAGGAAGGUAGAAAACAAAAUGCCAGGCCUUCACUCUGCAAGAGCAAAACUGCUAUUGCUGUAGUGUCUGAUACCACUUACCAGACAUCCACAUAUUCGCAAGAAGUGCCUCCCAGGUCUGAGAUGGAGAGUGUUUCUCUAUCCAUUAAUCCCCCCCAAAAAAGGGAGAGUAUAACCUAAAAAUCAUGUAGAUGGUGAGGAAAUAGGUAGGGAGAGAGAAACAGCCAUUAAUACAAUAUUAUGUUUAAUAAGUAUAGCUUUGAUUUCAGCAGACUUAAUGGAAGCUAAAUUAAAUUGAUAAGGAACCCAUUUCUCAGAAAGAUUCUUAAUCCUAUGAACUCCCUUUUGUGGGUGGGAAGGGGCCGAUCUGUAAGGGUAGCUCUGUCCAGGUAAAAUUGUUUUCAGCCUCCUGUCUACUGUUAUGUGAGGGUGUCGCAGCCAGCCAGAGAGUAUUGCUGGACAAGGGUGAAAGAACCAUGGAGACCAACUGCCACACAUCAAGAGCCCAGCUCUCCAGAGCAUCAAGAUGUAAGCUCAGGGUUACACAGUUCCCAAUCAUGGGAAGGGGCUUUUCAGACACAUUGUUUGCUUUCUGCUGAGAUAAGGAAUGUGUUACUGUGCCAGAGUACAACU